UUCCCGCGCGGGCGGGGCCGCUCCGCGGGUGUGGUUCCCGGCUGUCGCCCGCCCGCGUAUGAGUGCCGGUAUCUUGACCGCCCCGAGGCCCACGAGGCGGGAGGCCCCAGGCACGGCGGAGGGGCAGCGCGGCCCGCUCCCGGCGCGGACUCGGGAGGGAGUCACAUCCGGCGGAGGCGGGGCUCGCGGAUCCCGGAAGUGCGGGCGGCGGCUGGUUGCCCGCGGUGGCGGCGGCCCCGGCAGGGGAAGAUGGAGGGACUGAAAGACAAGACUCUGCAGGAGCUGGAGGAGAUGCAAAAUGACCCGGAAGCCAUCACCCGGCUGGCCUUGGAGUCUCCUGAGGUUCAAGACCUGCAGUUAGAACGAGAGAUGGCACUAGCCACCAACCGCAGCUUGGCAGAGCAGAACUUGGAGUUCCAGGGUCCCCUGGAAAUCAGCCGCUCUAACCUUUCAGACAAAUACCAGGAGCUGCGGAAGCUUGUGGAACGGUGCCAGGAACAGAAAGCCAAGCUGGAGAAAUUUUCCUCAGCACUGCAGCCCGGGACCUUGUUGGACCUUCUGCAGAUCGAAGGCAUGAAGAUCGAGGAAGAGUCUGAGGCCAUGGCUGAGAAGUUCCUGGAGGGCGAGGUGCCCUUGGAAACGUUCUUGGAGUCCUUUUCCUCCAUGAGGACACUGCUGCACCUGCGCAGAGUUCGAGUAGAGAAGCUCCAGGAUGUGGUGAGGCGGCCCCGCGCUUUGCCGGAGGUGGCUGGAGAUGCCCCUCCACCUCGUCCACCGCCUCCACGCCCAGCACCCCAGGCGACACCCCCUGUGACCGAAGAACAGCCACCACAGCCCUCUGUUGUGACUCCCUACCCUUUGCCCUACAGCCCAUCCCCAGGCUUGCCUGUGGGCCCUACAGCCCAGGGAGCCCUGCAGCCAGCCCCCUUCCCGGUGCUGUCCCAGCCCUCCUCCUACGGUGGGCCUCUGCGUCCUUCUUACCCAUCACCUCAGCCAGGACCCCGGGCUGCUGCGGGCUACGCUUGGUCCCCACAGAGGAGUGUGCCACCCCAGCCUGGUUAUCCUGUGGCCCCAACUAGCACCUCUGGUCCAGGAUACCCCUUAGUAGGAAGCCGAGUUCCUGCUCCUGGGUAUCCCCAACAGUCCCCCUACCUCCCAUCACGAAGCAAACCUCCCUACCCAACACAACCUCAGCUCCCAGGCUUCCCAGGACAGCCACUGCCUCCAGUGCCCCCUCAACCUCCAUAUCCUUCUGGGCCAACCCCUCCCUAUGGCUUUCACCCCCCAGGACCUGCCUGGCCUAGGUACUAGCCCUGGUCCCUGUCCCCCUUCUUCCUUCCAUCCGCACCAUAGUCUCUGGCCUCCAUCUGCUGAGAUUUGAGGUUGACACUGAAAGUGGAGCUGAUGUCCCUGCAGACAUGACACACAGGCCCCCUGAAAGGCCCUGGACAGUGCAGCAUGGGUCCUUCUGGGAGCUCCUUCUGCCAGGGACCAGCUCAGCCCAUCCUGAGGUAGCCUGGUGGGCGCCCAGGACCUUGCAGUGUCUGCAUGAGCAGGUGUGUUCAUGUCUGCACAGCUCUCUGUGCUCGCUCCCCAACAUCUGAACCAGUGCAGUGAUCUUGAUGACCGACGGGCUCUCCCUUGGAACUGGGCAUGUUUCAUGUGGAACCAAAUGCCAAGGGACACAGCUCUGCCUGUCCAUUUAAGGAUGAUCUAUCUCAUUUACCACAGCUGGGUCGAAGGAAGUAACAGGAAAAACAGGAACGUUGAGUCCUAAAAGCCAUAAUUUAGCUGCUCUGCCAAUGUCAGGCAAGUGUGUCCCGUGUGCUGGUUGGAACCACAGCAGCACCGGUAUGGUGAGAGAGCUGGGGAAUGCCAAGGGAAACCCAGGCCUCAUGUGUAUGGUUGGAUGUCCUAGGGGUCACCCUGGAGCCCCUGGCUGGAGUGGAGGACCCGGGUUACCUCCUAGCCACCUUUCACUCCUGGGGCCCUCUACUUCUGGCUGGCUUUUUCUGAGGUUCCCCCGUCCCUCCACUCCUUUAGUGCCUUGAGUCUCAUUUGCUAGCAGCCCCUCUAUCCAGUGUAAUUCCUUCCUGCCCGCCAUGUCCCUGCAAGACAGAUACCAGACCCACCCUCACAGAACCUCCCAAUGGUGCUCCCAGACAUCAUCACUACAUUGGGGGUGGUUUCUCUACACUCUCUGGUCUUCAGAAUGUACUGGACAGGGAUUGUGAGUGCAGCCUCGGCCCUUGGCGGGGCCAAAGCCUGUUUAGUAAUGAAAUUGACUACACUAUCCCGAAGGGGUUGCAGCAGGCGAUGCGUCGGUAUGACUGGUCCGUAUGUGAACCAGGUCUCAGGGUGGAAGUUGUAUGUGCCUUGAAACAUCCCCUGCCUGGGUACCCAGCCUCCGGUGGGCGAAGGUGCUGGGGGUCAAGGAGGAACCCCAUCUUCUGGUGCCACCCUGCCCACAGACCACUGCCCACGGGUGCAUUACCAACUCUGCUUGCUUCUCCUAAGUUAUUUAUAAAAAGGAAUCACUAAUGGAGUCUGUGGUCAACUGCUGCUGAACUGGAUGAAUGACUGCCCGUUCGUUUGUGUAAUUGCCAUAAUAAACGUUGAUGAG